UUUAUAAAAUAUAUUAUUAAUAUUAUUUUAUUACUUUGUAAUUCAUUAUUAUGCAAUACUUUAUAAAAUCUUAGUUAUAUUAUUAUUAUUACUAUUGGCAUUUCACCAAAAUUUCAUUUAAUCUCUUUUCUUUAUAAUUUUGCUAAUAUUAUAUAUAAACACAUGUUUGAAAAUAAACUAGUGUUUAUAUAGAUAAAUUAGGAAAUAAUAUAUUGUAGAAGAUUUGAAUAUUCAAAUAUUAUAUUUAGCUAAGGACAAAAAGUUUAAAGGGGGACACCAUAACUCUCCCCUUUACUUAUAUAAUUAGUUUUUUUUUUGUUUUUUUUUACCUUUUAUUUAAUAGAUAGUUUUAUUUUCUAUUUUACUUUUUUUUAAUUAAAGUAAGUAGUUAUUUCUUCUUUUUUCCUUGUUCUUUUUUUUCUAUUUUUUGAUAUUCCUACCCCUUUUGAAAUAUAGAAUAGAAAUAGAAAUAGAUUUUCAUAACUAUGAACAUUGACAUGAGUUUUUUUAGUUAUAAUAAAAUAAUAAAAUAAUAAGUGCCCUUUUAAAUUAUGUAUUGAGAAAAAGGCAGUGGAUGCAAUACAUAAAAAAGUCAGUGGGUGGAUUACUUGUUAUAUAUGUAUUGAGAAAAAGGCAGUGGGUGCAAUACAUAGGUUAUGAGAAUCUAUCUCUCAAGGUCAAAAGGCCGCAGUUUUGACGCAUUACUUUCAUUAUUUGCAGUUUUUUAGAAAAAUAAAAUAAAAUCAAAAGCUUCUAUGAACACAAACCUUGAACAGAGUGUUCUUGACAAACUUUUUUACCUUUCAAAAAAUUGACUCAUCUUUUUGUUGGAUGGUAAUUUCCCAUGUAUUCAGAUGUUUGUUGGUUGGAAGACAACAUAAAUUCUACUAGGUAUUGUUAGAAUUUUCUGAUGCAUCAAAAUUGGUAUAAAAGCCAACUAAUUGAUGGAAACUGAUUUCAUCCCUUCCUCAACCCUUCUGAGAUCCAUUCAAAAUUAGAGUGCAACAAAGGUUUUUCUCUGUCUCAAAGGUUAUUGCUUGGAACAUUUUCGAUCUUCCUUCAUCUGUGAGUUGUAAUGGCCGAAAGGGUGACAUGGUCUGACGAUAUUACCGAAAUAUUUUUGGAUAUAUGCAUUGAGUUCAAAGUGGGUGCGUUCUCAAAGGUGAAUUGGGAUAAAAUAGUGGCUAAUUUGAACAUGAAAAGUGGGAAGAAUUUCAAUGCGAAACAAGUAAGAAAUUUGGGAUGAUUUACGCAAAAAAUUUAAGAUUUGGAAUGAAAUGGAACUCAAAUGGACUGGACUUGCAUUUGAUCCUAUUACUGGUUGCCCACAAGUUGAACAUGACAGAUGGAAAGUGUUUGUUAAGAAACAUAAGGGGAUACCUGCGAGAUUCAUUAAAAGGCCUUUACCCCAUUUAGAGUUAUUACGAAAACUUUUUUUAGGAUCAUUUGCUACUAGCAAGUAUAGUUUUUCUCCAGCAAUGGGGGAGGGGCAACUUAGUGGAGAUAAUAAUGAAGGCUCGGGUGAUAGUGAUGACCAGAAUGAGAGCAUGGAUCUAAACAAUGACAAUUGCGAAAAUGAUGCACAGAGUGUAUCCCCUCCAAGAAGUACCUCAAAGGGUAAACGUAAGAGUGAUGGAUGCAGUAGUGUAGGAAAAAAAAGUAAAACGAGUAGUAUUGAUUCUUGUAUAGAGUUGCUAAGAAUGUCUAUCGAAGCUGGCUCGAUGCAGAUGGUUGGAAAUAAAUAUGAAAAAGCCUAGAUGCUCUAUAUAAAAUUGAAGGAGUUGUUGAACAAGGUGAAGGGUUUAUAUACCAAUGUAUGCAAUUCUUGCAUCAAGGAGAUAAUGCUGAAUUUUUCUUGGGACUUCGCUCCAAUGAGCAGAAACUCAUGUUCUUGAGAACGGCAUUUGCAUGUCCUUCUAAGGAAGCUUAUAUUCCUCAUCCUUAUGAUAAAGCUACUUCAAGUGUUAGCGAUUAACCUUAUUUUGCA